AUGACUUCAUGGACAGGUACCAUUAACACAGAAGAAUGCUCAGCGAAACGAGAAACUGACAUCAAAUUCACUUAUGCCACCUUGAAGACGGGGAGAACUCCAGAGCAACCCCAUGAAAAGGCGAACAGAAAAACGAGUCAUUCUCCUCCUAGAAUGGUAUACCGCCCAGUAGGGUUCCCAGCCGAGGCAAACGACCCAAUUCCAAUAUGUCUGAAUGAAAAUCCGAGGAAGGUAUUCAGAUUGUAA